AUGUCAACACAGAUUGUGCCAGAGACCUCCGCAGAGGUCACUAAUAAGAGUAAUCGUACGCUCCAUGAACGAGUUCAAACUGGAUUUCUGAGGACUCCUAGCGGAAAAAUUUACGAAAGAGACAUUAAGGAUAUCUUUUCUUUAUUGAUGAUAUGUUUGAAACUAGAUGAGUGUUCGAAUUUUUCAAAGGUGAAGUUGAACCCACUACACAAAUUGUAUCCAUUUACUUUCUACCUUGAUAAGGCUCUAGAGACAAUGCAGAAUUUAAAAGUAUGCGUAGAGCAGUCUUCAACGACAACAUCAAUCUCAUAUUCAAUUAAUAGAGACUUAAGUUUGGCACUAGUGAAAAAGUUUUAUGAAGCAAAAUUGAUACACUCGGCAGCUCAAAGAACAAGAGCAGAGCCUAAGCAUAAUGUUCCUUUACAACCAACACCUAAAGGGGUCGCAUUGCUUCACUCUUAUUGCAAAAGAAUUGGUAUGAAGAAUGCUGAUUUUCCUCCUAUUCUAAAGAGCAACUUCAAUUCCAUGAAUCUUGUUCAAUUUGACAGAGACCCAGUUACGGAUAGGAUUUUAUAUUCUGAGCAUUUAAUCCAAUUGCUAUUCAAAAAAAUGAUCGGAAUGGAGCCUAACAUUUGGGGAGUGAAAAAUGAACCCGAUCAAAUUAUAACUAUCGACACAAUGAACGAAGAAGAAGCAUUUGAAUUCUUUGAUGUGGCUAUGGGUUCUGGCACGCUUCAUAGUUUUGAAGGGAAUAAUGACUGGAAAAUUGCUGAACACGUCAAUUCCAGGACAAGUGAAAUAGGAAAUAAAACUCCUGGUGCAAUCAUCAGUCCCUUUUAUCAUCGAUAUUUCAGCAAUCCAGAAUCUGAUUCUCAUGUUCAAUAUUACGUUUCGAGUGUAGGGGUCAGACAUUUUGCAUUUAAUGUAUUCAAAACAAAAGGAACCGAAGUUGUGUUGAAUAACUGUCUAUCGGGGAAGGCCAUUAGCCAAUGGUUAACUGACUGCUCCGAUAUAUUGAAUCCAUAUCAUGCAAAAGAACUAGGCAACUUGCUCUUGAGGUAUAAUCUUAUUGAACCAAUUCUAUUUCCACCCUCAAAAUCUUGCGCAGUAAGAUUCAUCGCCGAUAGAGACUGCUUUUACUCAAUUAGCCAGCUUGGAGAAAAAGUUGGUGAUUGGAGCAAAUUUCUUAGAGGUGAAGAUAUUUCAACGCAGGGAGUAAAAAAUAUAGUAGAAGUCAACUUAUUGGGAAGUUGCUUGCAUAAGUUGAAUUCAACCGAUGAAGAUUUUUUUGCAGCCAGCACCAAUGCCAACCUUUCCAAAAUAUUGUUGAAGGAAAUAAUUAAAGAUCCUGGGACCAAAUUCCUUUUCAAGAGCCACUUAGAGAAAGAAUAUUGUUCAGAAAAUCUUGAUGCUUAUCUUCAGUUAAGGCAAUUUGAAGUUAAAGUUACUACAUUAGGAAAGCUUUUACAAUACAAUUCUGUUACUUCAGAUCCCAAUAAUGACAAUAUCCACUUCCAAAUAGAAAAACUUUCGAAUGCUUGCUUGUCGCAAGCGUAUCACAUCUACUUCACAUAUCUUAGUUUGGACUCUCCCUUUGUUUUAAAUAUUGACUACAAGUUGAGAGCGAAGAUUUCUUCAAUCAUGGUAACCUAUGCUUCGACUGUGCAAGAGAUAUCUACUGGCUCAUAUGAAAAAAGCGAAUUAUUGGAAACUAGAUUGGAGCUGGCACAAUCGGACAAGAACAAAGUGGGAAGAGUUUUAAUUUGUUUGUCGGAGAUCAGGAUUGUAUUCAGCGAAAUCUCAAGAGAUAUAUAUCACUUGAUGGAAGUCGACUCAUAUCCAAAAUUCUUGAGUAGUUCCACUUAUAAAGAAAUCCUUUCAACAGUUAAGUUUAGUGAAUGA